AUGAGUUUUUUUACUGUUGUAGCAGCGUUUUUGGCUGUUUCCUUGGUCAGCGUUGUUUUCUGGUUUUUAGCCCCUAAGGAGAACCGGACGGUAUGGAGAAGUACCGUUAUUUUAUCUUUGGCCAUGAUGUUCCUAAUGUGGGCCUUCACGUAUCUCGCUCAAUUACAUCCUUUGGUUGCCCCUCGGCGUUCAGACUUAAGACCAGAGUUUGCCGAGUAA